GCCAACUACCAAGUGGCGAUCAGUAAAUCUCGACGGCUAUGCAUUCUAAUUAAAAAACCGUAACAGUACUUAUCCGCGACUUUCACGGCCGAGUCAUGCAGUAAGUGUGCAGACUGUAAAAUGCUCUGUAUUUUCUCAGUACCCGCGUCCAAGAUAUGAACAUAAAACGGCCGUACGUAAUAUCCGCGUGUACCAUCUUACUCUUCUUGCUCAUCAUCGUCGUAGUUGUUAUCACAGACAACAAUGCUCCACAAGUUGAGGAGGCCGCUUCAUCAGAGGAUCCAACCGACAAACCUGACGUACCAAGGGCUGUGAAAAAUUGGCCUCAGGAAUCUCUAGGUUUAGGGCAAGUUUCUGGAGUGUCUGUGAAUUCAGCGCUGCAACCUGUCGUAUUCCACCGAAGUGAUCGAGUUUGGGAUCAAUACACAUUCAACGCAACAUAUCAUUACCAAAAUAUUCGUCUUGGACCAAUCAAGGAUCAUACCGUUUUAACUCUAGAUCCUCAGAGCGGCAAAGUGUUAGGAAAAUGGGGAGCCAACUUAUUUUACAUGCCACAUGGCUUAACAGUGGACAGACAUGAUAAUUUGUGGGUAACUGACGUGGCUCUACAUCAAGCUUUUAAGUUUAAACCUGGAGAAUUGCAACCAGCACUAACCUUUGGUGAGCCCUUCAUACCAGGACCAGACAGUAAACAUUUGUGCAUGCCCACUUCAGUGGCAGUGGCCACUACGGGAGAAAUAUUCAUUGCAGAUGGCUACUGUAACAGUAGGAUUCUCAAAUAUAAUGCUGCAGGAGGCUUACUUAGAGUUAUUCCCAAUCCACCAGAGUUCUUAUCCCUGCAAGUUCCUCACGCUUUGGCUCUUAUAGAGCCCAUGGAUAGACUGUGUGUAGCUGACAGAGAAAAUAGAAGAGUUACAUGUCCCAGGGCCGGUUUGUAUACCAUCCAAGGAAAAAAAGAACCCGCACUUACCAUUCAACAGCCUGAUAUGGGACGUGUAUUUGGAGUCGCAGCAAAAGGAAAGUUGGUGUAUGCCGUGAAUGGCCCCACGUCUUCCCUGCUGCCCGUCCAAGGCCUCACGAUUGAUCCCCAGACCGAGUCCGUCAUCGAUCAUUGGGCGCCAGAAGAGGGCUUUGGAAAUCCUCAUGCUAUUGCGGUCUGCCCCAACGGAUCAGCUCUUUAUGUGGCUGAAAUAGGACCCAACAGGGUUUGGAAGUUCGAACUGGUCCCACCUAAAAAAUAGAAGAAGCGGAAACGAAGUAUUUAUUGAUAAUUUCAAUAGAAGUAAUAUAUUCAUGUGAAACCUUGAAGAUUUAACGAAAUAUAUCAAGUAGAUGAACACUGUUUUACAUCUUUGUACUUAUUAGUUCGAUUUAUUAAAAAAUAGGUACCUUAAGCACCUACAAUAGAGAAGAUAAUUAUUAUUAAAAAAGAUUGUUUAAAUUAUUUAUAUAGAGAGAAAACUAAAAGGAUGUAGACAAUAAAGUAAAUAGAUAAGACAUUUUUACGUUUAUUUUUUAAUUUUGUAUACAUGCAGCUAUAUUGAAUACGUAUAUGCAAAUCUGUAUUUUAAAAUAGAUUUAAAGUCGUACGGAAAACUAUUUUAUUGAAUAUGAUAUAAAUUGUUAAAUCAGAUU